GAAUCUGUCGGCUCUGACGAAAUACUGUCAUUCAGAUCGUUUGUGCGUGCUGCAUCGACGUAGCACUUGCAAUACAAUAUUUUUGUGAUUUAUUUCGAAAUAAAUAAUAUACUCGACAGUUUUUAUUCGCGACUAAAGAAAUGGACCGUUGGACGGAUAGAGUCGUCUUGGUGACUGGAGCUAGUUCAGAGACCGGACGGUCAAUCGUGACCGAACUGUCCAAAUACCCUUUGAAAAUCGUCGCUGUGGAUCGGGAAAUCAUUUCAAUACAAAAACUUUCCGGCGAGCUGCAGUCCGCCGUGGCUAAAAUCUAUCCGGUUCAAUGUGAUUUUACUCGCGAAUCGGAAAUAGUAAAUGUGUUCAAGUGGAUCGAAACCACCAUUGGCCAAGGAGUGUCGGUUACGAUCAAUAACGUCGGCACAUCGAUUAAAAGCAAAAUUUUGGAUGGCGAAACGAACGACUGGAAAUAUUUGUUCGAUCUCAACGUCAUCGCAGUAACAAUAUGUUGUAGGGAAUCGUAUACAUCGAUGCAGAAAUACGAUAUUACAGAUGGACACAUUAUAAAUAUAAACAGCACCGCUGGGUACACAAUGCUACCAUUUCCAGGAGAAAAAGUGUACAAUUCGUCGAAAACUGCACUUGCGUAUUUAACCGAAGGCCUUAGACACGAAAUCAUUUAUCAUGGAUCUAAAAUCAAAGUAACUAGUCUCAAUCUUGGAAAAGUAAACAAUGAAGCCGUCGGAAGUGUCGGAGAAAAUAAAAAAUCUAUUUUGUCUUUGAAGCCCGAAAGAGUAGCGUCUAUGUUGAUCGUAGCAUUAACUCAGCCGUCUGAUGUUGUGAUGGGCGACCUGACCGUGCUGUCUGUGGGUGAAACCUUACAAGCGUAUCCUACGCCCAACAUAAUCAUAAAGUAAUGAUUGAAACACUUGACGUGUUAUAAGUUUUUAUACAAAAAAUAUAAACGAAUAUGAUGGACGCGUCGGAGUACAUAUUUAUAUAAUAUAAUAUUUUGUUGGUUGAACAAUGUUUACCAGAAGUCAAUUAGCAUAAAACCGAGUUUAGAAUUAAUUUAAUAAAUAUUCUGGUCGUCUGAG